AUAAGAAGACUGUCAGAAUCUGGCUAAGCUGGCACUCGGAGUUGGAGGCGUGUUGUCACCACUAAUAAGCAGUUGAAUGGAAAGGUAGUUGUGGUGACCGGUGCUAACACUGGCAUCGGAAAGGAAACGGCAUACCAACUGACACUUAGGGGAGCAAAGGUAUAUAUCGGGUGUCGGGAUGUCGUCAAAGGAGAGACGGCUGUCAAAGACAUUGUGGCACUGAAUCCAAAGGCAGACAUAAAACUAUUAAAACUUGAUUUGUCUUCACUUCAAUCGGUCCGCCAUUUCGCCAAAGAGUUGUCUCAAUUGGAGUCCAAAAUAGAUAUCCUUAUCAAUAACGCAGGGGUUAUGACGUGUCCUGAAUGGCAGACUGAGGACGGGUUUGAGAUGCAGUUUGGAACCAAUCAUCUAGGUCACUUUUUACUGACAUUACAUUUAAUACCACUGAUGUCAAAGGUACCGGGAGCUCGUAUAGUGACGGUAGCCUCAGGUGCCCACAAGUUCGGGACAAUAGACAUGGCAAACAUCAAUCUGAAGGGGAAUUACGACAAGGAUAUGGCCUACUUUCAGAGUAAACUCGCGAAUGUGUUGUUCACCAGAGAAUUGGCUAAAAGGCUAAAGAAAAGUCCUUUCGAUAUCAAUGCCUAUAGCCUUAAUCCCGGUGCUAUCAGUACAGACCUACAGAGACAUACAGGACAAGCAGAGGACAGUUGGUUUAAGAGGCACUUCUUUCUGAAUCCAUUCAUGGGAUCCCAGACCACACUCUACUGUGCAUUGGAUGAGAGUCUGGACAAUGAGUCCGGUUUUUACUACGAGUAA